GGUUUAUUGUGAUAAAAGGUCCACUCAUCUCAUGCCUAUGAGUAGCUGUAUAGGUAUAAUAUAACCAGAGUUAGAGAUAAAUUACUUCCAUUCUAGUGAAUCGUUCUCUAGUGAAAGUAUUGUUCCAAAAUCAAUUCUGUUGUUGAUAAGAAAUGUACUUCUAAUAAACACUGUCGAAAUUCCAUAACUCAAAUUUCAUUCGGUACUAUUGGAUUAAAUCCCUACGGAGAAUUUCCGUGAACUUCCAUGGAGAACUAUACAUUUACUGAUUUUGAGUUGUUUUGAGCCCAGUUGAUACAAUACCAUGAAGCAAAUACGAGAAAUUUUUGUGGUGAUCCUUAUUCAUUUGGCUUGCGCCCAUUGCGUACCACAAUGCUGUCACGGAGAAAAUACAGCGAAGUCGACACGGUUCUGUUCGAGUGGAGCACCUAUAAACAUAUCUGGCUGCAAUGUUAGGUUUAUCAUGGAAGAAGCAGAUCAUACUUCAGUAGUUACAGUGGACAAAGACGAUAAUCUGAUUCUUGAUGGAACACACAUGGCAGUAGCGAACGAUUAUUGUUUUACAAAGCUCGAACCUGCCCACAAAAACGUCUAUGUGGUAUGCAUGUCAGAUGAGCUCGUACAACAGGAUUCACAAGAAGUGCAAAUAUCUUUGAACAUAGUACUUCAAAUGAUCUCUGUGAUUUUCAUCUUCUUCACUGUCAUCGUGUAUUUGAUAUUGCCUCAAAUGCUAGACUUACAGGGUAUAAGCAUCAUCCAUUCCAUGACUGGUUUAGCACUAGCGUACAUUGUGCUGGUGGUAAUCAAUCUUUCCACGCAUCUACGGCCAUUGAUGUGCCAUUUUCUAGCGUACUGCGUCUAUACUUCUUUCUUAUAUGCAUUUUUCUGGUUGAACAUCAUUUGCUUCCAUAUCUGGAGACAAAUUAUAAACCCAUAUAUCCUUGCUUCAGUGAAACGCUGGAGGCUAAUUUACCACAUUUACGGCAUAAUGGGACCUCUUCUAUGUAUGGUCGUUUUGUUGAUAAUCCACUAUGUUGAUACUCCUUACUUCAAAAGUAUACACCCUGGAAUAGGAGAAGUCAGUUGUUGGUUCAAAUCUUCAAGAGAAACAUUUAUCUAUUUCUACAUGCCCGUAAUCAUUUUGAUCUCCUUGAAUGUGGUCUUUUUCAUUUGGACAUCUGUAGUGCUAUGGAAACAGUCGAAAAACUGCAAGAAGAACAAAAUAAUGAAAUACAGGGUACGGAUGUACGUCAAACUGUUUUUCGUUAUGGGGGUCACAUGGAUAUUCGAGGUAAUCCAGACUGUCACCGAUGGCCACUUCAGGUGGCUCUGGUACUUUCUGGACGCUGUGAAUGCGUUGGAGGGGCUCAUCAUUUUCCUGAUAUUGGUGGUUUUCCGGAAAAGAGUCGUACGGUCGCUGGCCAACAAAACAAUUUUCAAUAGAAUCAAACUUCCUUCGAGCUGGAAGUACGUCGAGGAUAGUGAAUGCGAAGAACUGGACGUUGAAGAGGAGCUCAACUGUUUGGAAUCUCGGGAUGAAAAUAUAUAUACGACAGAAGUUCAAAUUAAAUGAUAUCGAAUGAUAUCGAAUGUACAAAUUCCUAAAAUGAUUCAAUUAGUUACAUGAAGAACUUAUAUAUAACAGCCCUGUUAACACAGAUUGAUCCCAGAGAUCAGAGGGCAUCACAUUCAUGCCUUACAUCCCAUCCGUGACUCGGAAUGAGGGUCUCGGUGAAAUCACAAUGACUGCUAUUCCGGACCUUUUUGGUCAUUUUAUGAUUCACAUCAUGAUGCCAAAUGAAACUCACAGUAUACGUAUUAAGCGACUCCUCAUUCAACAUCAGAAUUAUUUGAUUUCGUUUGUUACAUAAACAGCCAUGGGAUGUGAGGCAGUCCAAUCAAAUGGUAUUUUCACUUGGGAAAAAUUCAAAUAGUCGGUUUCUCUGUGGUUUCAUUUGUUUUUGGAGGUGCUGAAUUCGAAUCUGAAUUUUGCAUACAACAUUUCCUGGAGCGUUCCGAGAUAUUACCAAAAAACAGCGAAAUUUUCGCACUUUUUUCGGUUUUUCCCCGUAACUCGGGAACUAUACGUUAUAUCGAAAAGACCGCCCCAUAAAAAGUUGAAGGAGAUAACAUUUCCUAAAUAUAAUUCUGAUUGCUCAUGAAUGUAGGACUAACGAAUGCGGAGAUAGAACCAGUUGAAAAUUGACCAAAUUUGCGUACUUUUCAAAAAAUAGACUUCUAAUAAAGCCUAAAAUUUUCUUGGCGGUUGAAUUUUCCGUUUCAACAGGCGUUAUCUAGACCUGUUUUAGGGUAGUCAAUCUUUGGCGGACUGGUACAUUACAUGAACAAAAGUGCUCCGCGGUUUAGUGUCAGUCUCCUCUAGACCCAUUAUUUUUUAGAGGGUAGUGGUUUAGCUCUUGUUUGCUGAGACUCACUAGCUUACGAAUUGUUGAAGAACUCUUUCCUUCUCGUUUACCUGGAGUUGCUCAACAGUAGCAGGAUUUUUAACUUCAUUCUUAUUUUCUAAGCUCUAUGAUAAGGUGUGGCAUUUGCUUGUCUCACAGAAAGGUAAAAUGUGAGCUCUGCACUUUAUUGCUAGGCGAUCAGCUGCCUCAUUCCCUUGACGCCUUGGAACCCACAUGAGCGAGAAUUGAUUAUAAUACUUAUCCAUCUCAAAAUAGGUAAUUUUGAUAGUUUAAAUAGUUCAUCAGUUUUUCAUCAUUUCAAAGAAUACCCUAUAGUAUUUGGAAUCAUUGUAUCGCAAUUAUAACAACUAUAAUUCCAGCGUACAGCAUUAUACUUUUUAGUCCUACAUUUAUAAACAAGAACAAUUUUAUCCUGUAAAUUUUAUCUACUUCAACUUUUUAUAGGGCGGAUUUCCGAAUUACGGGCAAAAAAUCGAAAAAAGUGUGAAAAUUUCGCUGUUUUUUGCUAAUAUCUCGAAUAUCAUAUAAAACCACAGAGAAACCGACUAUUCGAAUUUUUUCCCGCAUUGGGUCCGUUUUACUUCUGACUGAGCUAAGGUUCCAGUGAGUCUUGGUUGUUAGAGAGCCUGAUAAAUUCACCUACAUUUCAAGUCCCAAAUCUAAUAAAAUGUGACGAAUAUUGCAAAUGUUUUGUACAAUGGAGAGGCCCCUGACGAUACCAAUAAUGAUGUUUUGUUGUAAUUCACAUUGAGUUACCUAUAGCGAGGCAUGAAUGUGACAUCCCAGGGAUGUUUGUGUUUACUGAAAGGUUUUUACAAAUUGAUACUAUUGACUCUUGAGACCAAAACGAGAAGUUUGAAUCAAACUUACCUCUAAACCAAAACGCUCGCUCCGUUUAACCGCUACAGGGCGUUGGAAUUAGAUUUUUAUUUUUAAUUUUACGCAUCAGGCUCUGUCUUUUGAAUUCGUGGAGAAAUGUGUGCCAUAAUAUUGAAUAUAAUUGAUAUACUUGGUAUGAUUCCAUAUGAAAAUUAAGUACGAAUAACCUACAAUCAUGAAAUAAUUCUGCAAAGUAUGCGUGCAUCGAAUUGAAUUUGGUAAAUUAACUUGCAAACCAAUAGACAUAUCUAAAAAUUUCAAGAGGGCUAAAAAAAUUCAUUGAACAUUGUUA